AUGUCUGACCCGGAAGACCGUCUCUUCGACAGCGAUGACGACGAUCUCGCCACCUUCACCUUUCAAGGUGCCGCUGCUGCUCGAGAUGGCGAUCAAGACGAGCCUCGUCCUUUCGAUCUUGCCGAUGUUCCUGCCUCGGUCGAGGCAGAAGAUGCCUUGCCUCAGAGCCAGAUCUUCGAGUCUCUCUUCAUGACCCAGGAUGGCGCACGUUCCACCGGUCGUACCUGGGAGCAGACAAAGGUACAGCCCAUCAAUCUCUCCGCCCUCGCCAGGACCUUCAAAAAGGGAGACAAAGCCGCCGCAAUAAAUUUAUUGCAUCGUCGCUCCCUUCUUCGCUUCGACAACGACUUGUGCUACGACAACGAAGACCAGAUGCUCUUGUGGGACGCCUCCAAUCAUUUCCUCGACUUUUGCCUCAUCGUAGGGGGAUCCAUUGGUUUGCACGCCUUGCUUCCGAACAAGCUCGUCGACCACACCUUUUCCAUCGCCCUCAACCUCUGUCUCCCCUCCCGUCUCUUUUGCCCCAAGUUCGGCAAGUUGGGCUUCGAUCCUACCGGGUGCAUGAUGGCCAUCGGCACCGGCCCUGCAUGCCAAUUCUGGUUGGCUUUUUGCCCCCAAGAGAACCUCGAUGACCUCGACAUCGCCAACAACGUCCCCCUCCUCAGCGAAAGACAACACGGCGACACCAGACUCUCCUCCUCUCACUUCCGCAUGGCCGUCAUGUUCAUGGCUUACGCAUUGUCCAGAAUCCCCAAUCUCCCCAUCUACGUCAUGCACCAUUACGGCACCGAUGACGACCUAAGCGCCUGGAGAAUCAAGGAUGUCUCCAACAUAUACUCGCAGGCAACUUGGGACUUGCGUCUCACAGAUUUGCAGGAGCUCAACAACAUAAUCGCAUCAGACUGGGAACAGUGGGUCGCAGAUGCACCCCGCUCUUGGAAAAAGGAUGGCUGGCUUCUCAGUCGCACCCCAGUAGCCAUCACCUGCCGUUACGGCCAGAACCAGCCCAUCGCAACCGCAACAGACCAAGCACAAGUCCUCGAAGCAAAGAAUUGGCACGCCGAGAGAUCGUACUCCAACAUAAGGUACAUCUCCGUCGCUAUCGCCACAGACGUCUCAUGCUUGAGGGUCAAACGCUGGGAAGAGGUCCCAAAUGAAGACAUCAUCCUCCAGCAUGGCGUCGUCUACGACUCCCCAGACCCAGACGUCCGCGAAGAGGUAGACCUCGACCUUCUCCCUCAUCGCGAUCCACACACCACCCGCGAAAAUAACGUCUACGAGGAGAAUGGACGUCGCAUCCCUCGCCUCCAUGGUAAGAGUCGUCGCAACACCAGACCUUGCGGUCUCCUCGUCAACUUGGAGACAAUCUCCGAGUUGUUCUCCUCUUACAUUCCAGACCAUCCUGACGCUGCCACCGACGAAGACGCUUACGCAGGAGAACACACCUCCACCCCUUCCGUCUCCGUCUACCCCCAGGCUUUCCUUCGCACCAUGGGUCACAUCCAAUGCGACGCUGUCCUUCCCCACUUCGCCCCUUUCAUCUCAGACAUCCGUCGUGCCACAUCCCGUAGACCUCGUGUAGUCGACUUGGACGACGACCAACCUUUGCCAGACGAGUACGACGUCUUCGGCGAGUCUCUCGAUGGCACCCAGGGCGUUCCCCCAGUCGUCAUUCCAAGCGCAUGCCAGUUCUAUAACGAGCUGUCCCAUCGCAUCCGUCCUUCCGCCGCUCUUCACGUUAGGGUUGAUAGAUGA